UUUGGACUAAUACUGUUAAUAUUGACAAGUGCCCCCUUCCCGACAAGUUAUCACCGGUGUAGAUUUCCUACCUGUCGGACCGGUAUUUACUCCGGAGGUACUAAAGCUGCAAGGCCAACAAAUAGCUGCAGGAGUUAUGAUUGAUAUCAACAUUAUAGGAUAAUUAUUUAUGCAUGACUACGCUUGAACUCUCCCGGUGUAUCCUAGUCCGUACAUGCCCCGUCAGAAGGAAAGGCUCCACUACUACGGACAAGUGUGGAAUAUGUAACGUCACUGACUAUAUAUAACGGACUUGAUGACUUACACACAUAUAAUACCGGAACGAAAUAGAUGAAUGGAAAAUGUGACUAGGCGCGAGGGACUUACUACAGUACGUACCGUAGUAGUGCAGUGUGUAGCGAUAUCGUAACGUACCAGCAGUACUGAUGUUCGCGUGGUGUUCAUUUAUUUAUGGUAAACUAUAGUAUAUUUUCCAACUGGAGUUUUUAAUGACAACUUGUAACAUGGUGUAAGUAUAAACUGAAUUCGUGUAGCUGGUUUGAACCCAGGUUUAAAGUAAAGAUAAGACGUUUGUUUCAUACUACGGAUUUAGACUGUAUUUUCUGAAAUCCGGAUUAUCGCAAUCAUGUCUAAGAACAAGAACAACAAGAACACGAGAUAUGAAGUGACAGUCAAGACCGGCGAUCGUAAAAAGGCGGGAACGGACGCGGAUAUACGGAUCAUCUUGUAUGAUGACCUUGGUCAGCAGACUGCAGCAAUAAAAUUGGACAACCGUUUCCGUGACGACUUCGAGCGUGGUCAAACGGACGUAUUCACUGUAUCAGAUCCACUGGAUAUCCGACACGUGUUUAAGAUUGAGCUGUGGAGGGACAAUAAGGGAUUUUUCGCCGAUUGGUUUGUGGACACGGUAGAGGUUCGAAACCUCAGUUACGAAGAUGUCUUUACGUUUCCAUUAUAUCGCUGGAUUAAGGCACAUUUCCACUAUAACAUUCUCCAUCUGGAUACAUUCCGACCCCAGGACGACCCGAACGCCGACCAAAGACAGAUGGAACUGGAAGAAAAAAGAAAAGUUUACACUCUGAAACAGAAGGUCCCUGGACUGGUAUCACAGGUUAAACAAAUUCCAGAUGAUGAACAGUUUUCCUUUGAUUACAAAUGGAACAUUGCAACGAGGAAGAUCAAAAUGAUUGCUCAGAGCAAGAUCAUCAGUUUAGUGAGUGGCACCUGGGAAAGUCUGUCUCACCUGAAAAAUGUGUACACAUCAGAGAUCCUUAAGGAGCCAGCGAGUGCCACUAGAUGGAGCAAUGACAUAUUUUUCGGACUCCAGAGAAGUGCUAACAUGAACCAUUCCGUAAUCAAUCUGUGCACCAACAUUCCAGAAAAUCUUGCGGUCACAGAAGACAUGCUUCGGCCAUUCUUGGAGGGUUGGACCCUAAAACAAGUGUUUGACUCUAACCGACUGUUCAUUGUGGACUACAAGAUCCUGGAAGACCUACCCUGUAAAAAUGAUAACUUCAUGGUGUGUGCCCCUAUGGCACUCUUCUUUUUAAAUGGUGAGCAGCAUCUGGUCCCCAUAGCAAUACAGCUGAAACAGAAACCUGCCGAGGACAACCCUGUUUUCCUGCCCACAGAUCCACUGUGGACGUGGAUGAUGGCCAAGAUGUGGUUUAACAAUGCAGAUGCUUCUUACCACCAAUCACUCACACAUCUAGGGUUUACCCAUCUGUUGAUGGAGGGAGUGGUAGUUGUGACACACAGAAACAUCUCUCAGUCACAUCCUGUCUUCAAACUUCUGGCUCCUCAUUACCUCUACCUAAUAGCCAUCAACACACGAGGCCUGGAGUUACUGGUGUCAGAAGGAGGCUGGGUGGAUAAGACCAUGAACAUUGGUACCAAGGGCAUGUUUGAGCUCAUCAGGCGUGGAAUAAACGUUUGGAGAAUGGACCAGCACGGUACUUUACCAGAGGAUCUGAGGGCGCGAGGGAUGCUGAGCCCCAAAGUGUUGCCAGGCUAUCAUUUCCGUAGCGAUGCCCUUCCUUUGUACUGGGCUAUCAACACAUAUGUCAAAAAAUAUGUCAAACUUUACUAUGACACCCCAGAGAAGAUCACAGGGGACUGGGAAAUACAGAACUGGGCUAGUGAGCUGGUCAAACCUCGUGAGGAGGGUGGCUGUGGAAUACUGGGUGUACCUGGAAAUGGUAAGAUUGAGAACCAGGGCCAGCUGAUAAUCAUUCUGACCAGCAUCAUCUACACAUGUAGUGUCGCCCAUGCGGCGACCAAUUUCCCUCAGUAUGACGAGUAUGCCUUUCCUCCUAACUACCCCGCCUCACUGUCUGGAAAACCACCCACAGACAAGACUCCACUGGAAGAAAAGGACAUUUUGAAAGCUCUCCCAGACAAACCAACAACACUAGAUGUGAUGGUGGUCACCAAGAUCCUCAGUGACAAGGGAACAAAGAGUUUGGGUGACUUUGAAGUCCAAUAUAUAUUUGAUCCACCUGCAAGGAAAAUUGUCCAAGAAUUCCGUGAAGAAUUGGCCCAGAUCAGUAAACAGGUAAAAGAGAAGAACAAGACGAGGAAUCCACCGUACGAGUGGCUCGACCCAGACGUUGUACCAAACUCCAUCAGUAUCUGAUCCGUACCAAGGGGAGAUAAGCAAUCAUUGGAAACAGAAAAAAGCAAUACUCUAACUGCUGGUAAUUUGAUUUGAACAGAAAUAAAGUGUAUACAUCAGACACAAAAAAAGAGGAGAUAGAUCUCUGAAGAGGAGCAAAUUUUUCCAGUUAUUGAUAUUGCUAAUGUUAUUUAGAUUAAUGAUGAUCCAAAAAUGUAUGUAGCAUGUAAUUGUUGUGUGUACAUAUUUGACUGAUUUUCAACAUUCUUCCCGCAACAGUGGUAUCGCAUUAAUGGCUAUAUAUAUGUGUGUAUUAAUGGUGAUUUUAACUUCUAUUACUGAACUUUUACAAUUAAAUGCACUUUAUUUGUCAAGGACUUGAAUAAGGUCAUGAUUUGAGCAGUUUAGGGGAAUUGUCAAUGAUGGGUUAGUAUGUUGCAUUGCCAUGUAACUAAGUGUCAUGUAAUUAGUCAUAUGGAGUGUCAUAUGACGAGCUGAAUCUAAUGUCAUGUGAUGAAAAAUAUGAAGUGUCAGGUAAUGGACCAGAGAAAAUAAUGAUCAUGAGAUGAGCUGGAUGACAUGUGACAAGCCAGAUGAACUGUCAUGUGACAAGCCAGCUGAACUGUCAUGUGACAAGCCAGAUGAACUGUCAUGUGACAAGCUAGAUGAACUGUCAUGUGACAAGCCAGAUGAACUGUCAUGUGAUGGACCAGAUGAACUGUCAUGUGACAAGCUAAAUGAAGUGUCAUAUAACAAGCUAGAUGAACUGUCAUAAGAUAAACUAGAUGAGCAGUCAUGUGAAGGACGAGAUGAAUGGUCAUGUGAUGUCAAGAGCCAGAUAAAUGGUCGUGAUGGCUGGUUUGUUAAAUUUCUUAUAACAUGUACUCAUGUCAAUUAACCAAUGUAUUAUAUGUUCCAGGGGAUAAGAUUGAUGAAUUGGCCUAAUGUUUGGAGGUGAAUAUUUAUGGGAUGCUAAAUCAAAUUUUAUGAGACAAAUAGAAAUACAGAUAUAUAUGUAUAAAAUAUUAGCUUGCCAAUUAAAUGUUGUUUUAACCAAGAAUAGCUUGAACCUGAGCCUGUAAAUUUAUAUGUAACCAUUCAUUUGAAUCAUGCUAAUUAUACAUACAUUGUAGUUUCCUUGUUUAAUCAUCAACAUUACACAUAUCAGUCUGCUCUGUGUCCAUGUAUGAUUUGAUGUUUAAUAUGCAAUGACCUGGGCAAUUUGUCUUUUGUUACAUAUUCCGUUUUUUACCUUUUUUUUGGCCAAAGUCUUCUUAUUUCCCGCCACCCCCCAUUCUGAUGAAUGUGUAUUGAUCUGAGAAAUGAACACUUUGUAAAAUUUUGGCAUAUAUUCUUCCUUUAUGUAGGAAUUAAGUUGGAUGAUCCUGUAUUUUAGUUUUAAAAUGGGUUUUGUUCACCAUUUCAUCCAUUUGUAAUAUGUUUAGAGGAAUUUAAAAUGGAAUUUAAAAUGAAACGGGUAUACAUGUCCAGGGCACACCUAAGAGUUCAUACUAUAUAACUGUCGAUCUAUCUCUUAUUUAAAUUUUUUUUAUUGUUAAUACUAUUGUCAAAUACAAUUGUACAGAUGCUCCAAACCACAGUAAUCAAAAACUUCUUCCUCGAUAGUGUUCUUGCCAAUUGUCAAUAAUGAAGGCGUUUUGUUUUCACGUUUUAAUUUAAUGUACAUGGAAUUCCACCAUAAAACAUUACAAAUAUAAAAGACCUCAAAAAUAUAUCUGAAACAAUUCUUAUGUGCUCUAGAUGUGAAAUGUACCUAAAGAAAAGUUUACAUAAGUCGUCCCACUUAGGCCUAUGUGAUUGAUUGAUUGAUUGGGCUUAGCAUCCUUGUUCGUGUUAUAAUCGAGCCAAGGACAGUCUACUUUUUUAUUUACAGGGUGUCACCAUUUUGUCCCUUCAAAUAUACAUAUUAGAAACUGUUUGAAAUAUAUUUACGUCUUAUCAAUUUUGUCUGAAAUAUUUCUUUUCUGAAUUUGUAGUAUACAUGUAGAAAAUAAUCCAGUAUGUUCAAAACAUAAGGGAGAUAACUUGUGUUGAAACAACUGUACAUUUAAGUAACAAAACAUCUAAAGCUAUGGUUAAACAAAAUCUGAGUUAAAUAUUCUUAGUUUAGGAAACAACAUAUUUUGAAUGUGAGAUUGAGCCUUAAGUAAUGUGUUCAAACUAUAUUAAACUUGUAUUUUUCAUGUAAAACAUGUAAUAUGUUUUAGAUAUGGUUAAAAUCUUGUAAUUCUUGUUCUUCUCAGUUUUUCUUUCUGGAUUUUACAAAAAAGUUUGUAGAUAAAUGUUUAUAUAAAUAUAUGUUGGAUCAAGGCAAUAUGAAAUGUUUAAGAUAAAUUAUAUAUGAAUAUAAUCAAAUAAAUUCAAUAAGAUAUUAUAAGACGUUUUCUAUUUUUUCUACAAUAUAUAUAUCUAUUUGUUUUGUUAGUGUUUAGAAAAUUUGUUUGUAAAAUAUGGCUAUUUCUUUGUUAGAUGAUGAUACAACUCUUUGGUGGACAUUUUCUGAUGCAUUUUCUUUGAUAAAUUUAUUUGCAUAAUAAACGCUGAAGUGAUGUGCUGUUUAUAAAAUGUGUUCGAUUUUUCUGAUAUGUCCAAGAUUCUAUUCAAAAUACUAUUCGAUUGUGCAUGUAAAUUUCAUUUUUUGCAAUCUCGAUUUCAAAUUAAAAAUCAUAGCCAAAUAU